AUGGCUCGACAUGUUGUGCUCCCUCCCAUCCUACAUCAGGUGGCGCUGGAGGAAAGAUUGCUGCUACAGCAAUUGCGUCAGCUACUGGAGGAUUGGACCUCGCACAUCAUUCCGCCCAGCCUCACAGCCUCACCGCGCAAUGAUAUUGUAGCUUUUGCGUGCCAACGGCUACCAGAAAGCUUGAAGUCCCGUUUCCUGACCUACGCGGACACGCUUGCUACUGCUCUGCCGAUGGAAGGCCUCUGUGUUACGCUGCCGCCGCCUUAUGGAUGUGUGCAUUCCUCGAUGCACGAUGCGGAAGCUUUCGCCUGGCAUGCGCUCAAUACCUACACCGGGCAGCCGUGGACGUUGGCUCGCCUGCUACUCCCGUUGCUUCCCCUGGAGCAGGACGAGCGAGCACGUGGUGCAGGCCUUACGCUGAAUCUUGGCCUCUAUGUCAAAGGCGGCAUCCACGGCUACUACAAGUACACCAAGCUCUUUCCUAAUGUGUGCCGCGUCCUGAACAUGCUUGUCAUGGCGGUGCACCCGGACCACAAGUGGUCAGCGCUUACGCUGGGCGUGGACAACCGCACAUUGCCGCACAAAGACCGCUGGAACUCGGAUCAUGACUCCCUCUUGGUGGGGCUCUCUCACCACAUUGAGGGCGGCAUUUGGGUCGAAAGGGAGCAAGGCCAGCACUUCGAAGAAUGCGACGAUUACGAUGAUCUCCGUCCCGGUGAUGUGUGGGAAACGGCCGGCCAAGCUGUCCUUUUCCCGGGACGAACUCACUGGCAUGCCACGCUACCGUGGACGGGUGGAAACAGAGUAGUCCUGAUAGCCUAUGCGCCGGGCCAUACUGCUACGGUCAAGUCGCACCAGAUUGCUCACCUUGUGGACCUGGGGGUAGCUGGACUAGCCGGAGAUGCGUCGGAAAAGUCGGCCAUGGCAACGUUCCCUGAUGGAGCGCACACAGCAACCGGCCGAAGCCGCCGCGCACUCAUGUCCGUUGCAUACGGCGCUGCGCUGCUGCUCAACGCCAGGCUGUACCAUCCGGUAGAGCGAUAUGAGCCACAAUCACUGCUGCCGCAAUUGCAGGCUGACUGCUGGGCACAGGCAUACCAGACGGCUGUGACCGAACGGCAUCGGGCACUCACCUUACAUGCUGCUCGAUCUGCAGAUCUUCGGCAGGUCUGGUUCACACAGCCCGUUGUCACAGGGCACACAGCCGCGACAGUGAUGACACAGCUCCAGACCACUGGCCCCGCUACGUCGUCUUCUCAGCAUGAGCAUGGGUUCGAGCCUACCACACCGACCUCUACCUCCUCGGCGUCGGGCUUGCAGCGACCCAUCGAUGUGACUGCGGACAGACUUCAGCGGGCAACUACCAGCACACCAAGUAUGCCUGCGAUUGGGUCUGUUGCUGCUUCGCUGCAGUCUACAGACCAGUCGCCAGGGAGUACAAGCUCGAGGCCUGUACAUAGCGAAGCGGUGCAUGGAACGGAGGCCGACGGUGGAACCGAGUUUUGCACACGUUCUGACAGCUUCGACCUGAACGACAUGGAUUGA